GGACAAGGGCUUAGAUGAGAGGAAAGAGACGAGGGGUAAAAAGAAAGAGUCAUUCUUUUCCUUUUCAUGGUGUAUUGGUGUGUACAAAGAGCUUUUUUUGUAGAAAACAUCCUAGCCUGUAUCUAAAAGUCCAGCCGCCACAAGAUUACAUCAGUUUGGUUAAGACUUACAUAAAUGUUUUUGUGAAAUACUACUUCGUACUAUACUGGCUGUGCUCCAAGUAUAAAUUCCCCAUAUUUUCAGCCAUGCAUUGUCAAGUACGAGUAAAUUUGCAGCCACCUACGAGCACUGCAAAAUCUUUCUUGAAUUCAUGGAUUACACAGCCAUCAGCUCAUUUCUAUUCUACCCUCCUCUCCUCUUCCUUCUCUAUCUAAUCUCUAACCAAUUCCACCGGAAAUUAAAGAACUACCCGCCGACCCCGUUCCUCACCCUCCCCGUCCUCGGCCAUCUCUACCUUUUGAAAAAGCAUCCCCACAAAACCUUAACCAAUAUCUCCAAGCGCUUGGGCCCAGUCGUCCUACUCAAGUUCGGCUCCCGGAAAGUCCUCUUGGUCUCCUCUCCUUCCGCGGUGGAAGAAUGUCUGUCGAAGAAUGACGUCGUUUUCGCGAAUCGCCCCCGUCUCCUGGCCGGAAAGUAUAUAGAGUACGACUACACCUCCAUGGCCUCGGCGUCCUACGGCGACCACUGGCGCAAUCUCCGCAAAAUCGUCGCCACCGAAAUCCUGUCCAGUAAUCGCCUCCAGGCGCUCCACGAAAUUCGCGCAGACGAGGUCAAAUCAAUGAUCCGGAUGCUGGAUUCGUCUUCGAAAGCGGAGUCACCAGCUGACAUGAAGACUGUGUUUUUCGAGUUGAUGCUGAACCUGAUGAUGAGGAUGAUCGCCGGAAAAAGUUAUUACGGCGACGACAAGGAAGUGGAUGUGAAGACGGCGGCUCGAUUCCGGGAGAUUGUCAGGGAGGUUUUCCUCCUCAGUGGGGCCACCAACGUCGGAGACUACGUGCCUUCUUUGAGUAGGCUGUCCGCCGAAUUGGAGGAGAGUUUUCGGAAGUUACAGCUCAAGAGAGAUGCUUCCUUGCAGGAUUUGAUUAUAGAAUGCCGCCGGGAAAGGAUGGCUGACGCCGGCAGUGAUGCGGCAGGGAAAAGGAAAUCAUUUGUUGGUGUACUGUUGACCCGGCAAGAAGAGGAACCCGAAUAUUACAAAGAUGAAAUUAUCGGAGGCCUCGUAUGGGAUACCAUAGCAGCAGGAAUAGACACAUCAGCUGCAACAAUGGAAUGGACACUCUCACUACUUCUAAACCACCAACACGUACUGCAGAAGGCUCGAGAAGAAAUCGAUGACAAGGUGGGAUAUGAGAGACUAGUUGAGGAAUCAGAUAUGGCUGACCUCCCCUAUUUGAAUUGCAUAAUAAAGGAAGCAAUGAGAAUGCAUCCCAUUGCCCCUCUGGCAGUCCCACACGAGUCCUCAAAGGAAUGCACUAUAGCAAGCCAUCGCAUCCCGAAAGGGACAAUGUUAUUGCUCAACUUGUAUUCGAUCCAAAGAGACCCCGAAUACUGGGAUGAGCCGGAAAGGUUCAAUCCAGAAAGAUU